UCCCCCUCUCUUACUCUCUCUAAAUCCCACUUUCCCCACUCUCUUUCUCUCUCUAAGUCUCACUUUCUUGACAGAUUACAGUUAAUGCUGCUCCCCAAUAUAUGAAUUUCUUUGUUAGCGUGACGCAAAUCCUAAUUAAAUGCUACCUCGUGCUCUCAUUAAGGGCAAGAUCCAAAACGGUUUUUUCUUGGGAAUUCAUGCAUAUCAAGUAUGCGAGAGAGAGGGAAUACAUAUGGACUAGAGUGAGAGAGGAGAGAGAAGACUAGAGAGGAAAGUAGAGAGAGAAGAUCAGAGGAAGAAGAGAUAGAGAGAGAGAGAGGGUGGUUCAUGGAAUUGGGUUAUGAUAGGCAGGUAAAUUACAGGGGUUGGACUGCAUGUGGGUUGAUGUCAGGUAAAGAAAAGGCCUUUGUGGGAUGCCUUUUGCCUUUUUUCCUGUGUCCAAAUGUUGGGUAAGCUCCCUUUCCAGCAAACCCAUUUCCACCCUCUUUUCUCUUUGAAUCCUUUUAGAUUUUUUUUUCCUCUUUCUCUCUCUUGGGUUUUCCCCAUCUUCUUCUUUCUCUAUCUGGUUCUCACUCCAUUAUCAGGGACUUGCAGUGACCAUUACUGGGUCUCUCUAUUGUCGGGUAAAGUGGUCUCUCUCUAGAUGGGUAUCUUGUAAUGGUUUCAUGGUGAUAUCUGAUGGUCAGACCCUUUGAAACGGGUGGUUGUUUGUCUGGUUCUAUCAAAUCCUUUGGCACCCACAUUCCCCAUAUUUGUCUCUGGUUUUUGGGUUCUCUGUCCUGUUCCUAAAAGUGUUGCAAUUUUGUGGCCAUGCCUAACCAACUCUUGGUCAUGGAACAAUCUGAAUCCUUGAUAUUUGCUUGCAGUCUUCUUCUCUUCUUUUAAAUCUCUCUCUCUGUCUCUCUCUCUUCCUCUUCUUCUAAAACAGUCAUCUCUGCCUGUCAAUUUUCUUACUAUUAUCGGUACUACCAACUUAAUGAGAUAGUGCCCUCUCUCUCUCUCUCUCUCGGCGAGUUAAAAACAACCCCCACAGUUCCGCUCUGUCUUCCCCCUGUGCCCCCAAUUCUUCAAUUUAGAGUGAUAUUUUUUAUUGGGCAUUUAAAGGCAGGAAAUGAGGGACUUCCCGUCGUGUUUUGGGGAGAAUGGCGUCCAGGUUGCCGAUUCAUCCUCUAGCCAUAGCAGAACAGCUCAAAACCUUGUGACCUGCGUUUACAGGAGCCAAUUGUGUGGUCGCUCCUGUGUAAUCACAGUGACAUGGAGCAAGAAUCUCAUGGGCCAAGGCCUGAGUGUAGGCAUCGACGAUUCAACAAACCAGGGCCUUUGCAAAGUGGACUUGAAGCCGUGGCUCUUCUCCAAAAGAAAAGGUUCCAAAACCCUAGAUGCUGAAACCAACAAGAUCGACAUCUUUUGGGACCUCUCCUCUGCUAAAUUUGGCUCAGGGCCCGAACCAAUCGAGGGCUUUUAUCUUGCUGUUGUUUUUGAUCUCCAAAUGGUGCUUUUGCUUGGUGAUUUGAGCAAGGAUGCAUAUAGAAAGACAAAUGCUAGGCCCCCAUCUUUCAAUCCUGUCUUUGUAGCAAAGAGAGAGCACAUUUUUGGGAAGAGGGUCUAUUUCACCAAAGCCCAAUUUUGCAACAAUGGCCAAAGCCAUGAUGUCUCUAUUGAGUGUGAUACGGUUGGGGUUAAGGAGCCGAGCCUAUCGAUCCGGAUCGAUAAGAAGAUGGUUUUGCAGGUGAAGCAAUUGGUGUGGAAAUUCAGGGGAAAUCACACCAUUUUGGUUGAUGGGUUACCUGUUGAGGUCUAUUGGGAUGUUCAUAAUUGGCUCUUUAGCCAAACUAUGGGGAGUGCAGUGUUUAUGUUUAAGAGUUGUUUAUCAGCUGAGAAGUUAUGGUCGGGCCAACAUUCGAAUGACACUUCGUCAGUGUCAAUGCCAUGGUCUUCUUGCUCGCAAAGUUUUAGGGAUAGCUACUUGGAGGGUCUCGGUUUCUCGCUGAUUUUGUAUGCGUGGAAGAACGAGUAGAUGUCUAUCUUAGAGACUCUUUUUUUUUUUUAAUCUUAAUUCUCUUUUUACUUUGAGUUCUAACAAAUAUUUUUAGGGAGUGAUUUGUUUAUCCUUGUGAUUGAUCAAUACAUGAUCGAUAGAAAUGCUUAUCCUCUCUCUAUAUUCAUUUCUCUCUCACUCUCUCUGAUUUCCUUUUUUAUUCAGUAUGUUAUCUCCUGCUGAUCAUUAGAAGUUGGAGAACAUGGCAACUUUUUUUUUGUUGUUCUUGUUUGUCAAAGGAACUUUGUAAACAAUCAGAGCAGCUCUUGUGAUGAACUUUCUGCAGAACUUUUUUGUUUGUUAGUUAAUCCAAAUUGUUGAAUGGGUGAUCGUCAUA